GAGGAAACAAAUGCUUUAGAUUUAGAUACGGCCAUUGUUGCAGUUAUAGAUGUUUUAGAGGAAGCUAAGAAAGGGACAACUUCUCUAGAUUUAGAUACAGCUGUUAUAGAAGAACGAGCUGAUGAUGCUUUAGAAGAAUUAAACGAUUAUGGAAUAAUGUCGUCACUUGGUUGUGAUGGUAAAGUUAAAGUAAAAUUGUAUCCAAUGUUUCUUGUAAUAGUGGUGAUAGAGGAUUUCUCUCAUCAUACUGCUUUACGAAACCAUAUAAAAACUUACGAAAGUGCAAUUGAUAGAAUUCUAAAUAAAAUUGCUGAAGAAAGUGAAGAAGAAGUGAGAAAUGUUGAAGAAAAUGACAUUCAAGAAGAGUUAGUUGAUAUUCAGGAUGAAAGGUUGGAUGAAGUUCAAGAGCUGGGUGACAUUCAAAAAGAGUUGGAUGAUGUUCAAGAUAAAAAGUUGAUUGACAUUCAAGAAGAUGAAUUGAUUGAUUCUGAUAAUCAAGAUGAAGAGGACGAUACAGAAAAUGAUAUUGAGAUUAAUUUCAAGUUAAUUGAUAUUGAACCAAUUCUAACCUUCAAGUUUAUUGACGUUAGAAAUUCAACAAUAAACAGGCCAGAAUUUCUAAGUGAAGAAUUUGGAGACUUUAUGGAAUUGCUUAUCAAGAAGAACUUAUCAGAUGCAUGUUAUUAUCUGUUUCUUUCUGUACUACUAGGAGACCUUCUGGAAGUUGCUGCAUUAACUUUGGUUUUUAAUUCUGUUAAUUGUAGAUAUCCAUGUCAUAAAUGUUUGACAGAAAUUGAUGAAAUUAAUAAUACAAUCCUAGAAAAUAAUCAAAUUAUUCUAAGAAUAUCAGAAAAUAUGAAAACUGUUAUUAACGAAGCAACAAUUCCUGACCUAAUGCAUCAUCUUGACUUGGGUUUGUUCAAAUACCAAGUAACUUACAUAAAGGAAUUGUUAAAAGAUUUGUGCGGCCAAGUGGUAGUUGAUGAACUUGAUAAAUGUUUGUCAUCAAUUCUAAGGUUUCCUGGGCUUAAAAUAUUUAAACAUGUUGAGGAGAUAAUAAUAAAGUUCCAUAAACUGUUAAUAGAAACGAGUACUGCUAGACAAUAUGAUAAUGUAUUGGUUGAUGUUUAUUACCGCUGGAAUAAGAUGUAUUUAUAUUGUCAACAAGAUCAAUUUCUAGAAUCAGAUUUAGAAGAGUUUAAGAAUUUAACCAAAGAAAUGGUUACUAAAAAUACUGAAAUUCGUUGGUAUAGUUAUGCUAAUGUUUUAAGAGAGGAUUAUAUUAGAGCAAAAAGCAUGUAUUAUAAUGAGCUAUCAUUUAGCGAUGUAUCAAUCAAUAUGAGUGGAGAUGAAAAUGAAGAGUAUAAUACGGAUGCUGAUGCAUGUUUUGGUCCUUAUGUUGACUAA